AUGACGAGCCAAAACGACAGCAAAGGAAUCUCUGGGAACUCCAAAGGUAGAGACUCAAUCUCGCAAGGGAUCGAACCGUUAAGCUCACAUUUUCAAGGUAGAGACAGUACUCUAGUGGAAGCUGUUAUUCUCUCUGACCGUUACAUCAGUGGCCGGUUCCUACUGGUUAAUUGGUUUUCCCAACUAUUGAAUUGGUUGAUGAAGCAGUGGAAAAAACUGAAAAUGGAAAUCACUUCAAAACCCACAGCUCUUGACGAGCUUAACCGUGCGGUGAUCAAGCUUGAAAUGGAGAGGCUUUCACUCACUAAUGACACAGACAAAAAUUCAAGAGAGGGGCUGAACCGAAUCGAAACAGAGUUAUUGCUUGUAAAGGAGAAGCAAGCUUAG